GUGAGACACGCCGCAGCCGCCAUUAAACGCAAGGAGAACAAAAUCGCCAAAAUUCCGCCCUCAUUGAAAAUAAACUUUUCCAAAACGGAUACCCUCAGAGGACGACAUAUGUCAGUGCAAAACUAUUUAUUGUUGAUAUUCAAUCAGAACGCCAACGCUCUGUCGAGGUCACCGCAUAAUUUAGAAUUACUGAACUCUUUUAUAACGUAACAGUGAAAGUUUU